AGGAAGCCUUGCAUGACAGCAGUAAAAAACAACAUUUUCAGCCCCCGCUGUCAGCAUUGGAGGGAUACAGAGAGCUGGGCAUGAGUGCCACUGGCUCUGAAAAGGGAUGCAUUUGAAUUUGUCUGUUGCCUACCAACCCACGCACCUACAUAUAAUGUAGCCCUUCUUCUCCAAUAGAUAUAGCAUACAGCCUAUGAAUUAGACCCAGUUGAUAUUAAAGGUUAUGCGCAUUACACAACCACUGGAGGGCAGCAGUAUAACCACAGUAAAACAAAUUGAGGCUAUAUUGUAUUUGUGAAUGAAAUGAAAACACACUCCACUAAAAUAUCCCAUAUUUUCGUCAAUGUCAUAGGCUACUGUAAUUAACUUGCAGGAGGAUUGAGUACAUUUUAAUUGCCAUAUAACUACAUUAUGAAAACAACAGCACAAGAACAAUUCUAUUUUAGGACUUUAUAAAACUAUUUAAAGCAUAAACAUAAUGGUAAUGGAAUCUAUUGACAUAAUUACGAUUUUAGGGAGUUUCUUUUUUUUUAUUGACACAGGUAAUUGUUCCAUUCCAUGGUGACGUUUGCUUCCUGUGUUUGCCACUCGAGAGGGAUUCCCCAUCGACUGUAGGUUGUUCUCGAUAAGCUUCAGAGAACUGCAGCUCCUCCCAGUCGCGGCACCGACACAUCAAGAUGUGACUGACUAUAUGAAUAGGGCACCCGAUGCUCUCACUUGAGAACAGUGUCAGUAAAUCGAUUUCAUCACUUGUCAGAGAAGCUCACAUGGUUAGAGAGAUGAACUUAGAGGGGGACAGCGGUCUGUCAGUGAGCUGCGGCAACGGGAAACUUAGACAGUGGCUGAUCGAUCAGAUUAACAGCAGUAGCUAUCCCGGACUGGUUUGGGAGAAUGGCGAGAAAAGCAUUUUCAGGAUCCCGUGGAAACAUGCGGGCAAACAGGACUACAAUCGAGACGAGGAUGCUGCACUCUUCAAGGCUUGGGCAUUGUUCAAAGGGAAACACAGGGAAGGAGUGGACAAACCAGACCCCCCCACAUGGAAGACUAGACUGCGAUGUGCUCUUAACAAAAGUAAUGACUUUGACGAGCUGGUGGAGAGAAGCCAACUUGAUAUAUCAGACCCUUACAAAGUCUACAGAAUCAUACCGGAGGGAGCUAAGAGAGGGAUCAAGACGGCAGAGACAACGUUACAUAUGAGCUCAGAGAGCAACUACCCCAUGCACUCUCUGUACCCAACUCUACACAGCCAGGUGUCUGGCAGCUACAUAGUUCCCCAGGAGAGGAAGGAGUGGAAGGACUACAGCCACACACAGGACCACCAGCAGCAACCUCAGCCUCAGCACCACCAGCCACCCCACGUUGAGCUGCAGUAUAGCCAGUGCCACUACCCAUCGCCACUCAGCCGACUGUGGCACACCGGGCCACACACAGAUAACGGUUAUCAGUUCACUGGCUCCUUCUAUUCAUACUCCUCCUCAGAGUCCCACCCCACAGCAUUUACAAUGGACCACAACAUGGCCACCCUUUCUGACUUCCGACUGCAUGUGUCCCUGUUCUACCGUGAGGCUUUGGUCAAGAAGGUAACCACCUCUGGUCCUGAAGGCUGCCAGAUCACCUCGUCUUCCUCCUCCUCUUCCUCGUCUUCCUCUCCCUCCUCCCCCUGCCCUGUGGACAAGCUGUACAGCGGUGCAGAAGUGGUGCUGUUCCCGUCCCCUUACCCCGAGUCACAGAGGAGGGGGGCGGAGAAGCUACCCAACGUCCUGGAGAGGGGCGUGCUCCUGUGGAUGGCGUCAGAUGGGCUCUAUGCCAAGCGGCUUUGCCAGAGCCGAGUGUACUGGGAGGGCCCGCUGGCCCCGUACACGGACAAACCCAACAAACUGGAGAAAGAACAGACCUGCAAGCUGUUUGACACUCAGCAGUUCCUCACUGAGCUGCAGGGGUAUGCCCAACAUGGCCGUCCCAUGCCCAGGCACCAGGUGGUGCUGUGUUUCGGUGACGAGUACCCAGAUCCCCAACGCCAGACCAAGAUGAUCACAGCACAGGUGGAGCCAAUGUUUGCCAGGGAACUGUUGUACUUCACCCAGCAGAACAGCAGUCACUACCUUAGGGACUACGAGCUCCAGGGACACACAGAGAGCUCCCCUCCAGCUCCAGGAGACUACCAGAGGACCCUCCAACACAUGCAGGAGUAACACAUACAAACAUGCCUCAGGAGCCAUGGACAUGCAUGUAGAUAGACCAAUGAGCUUAACUACUGUAAUGUAUAUGGUAUACUCAGGUCUUGGACUAAAAUGCCUCACUGUGAUUUCAAUGUAAGACUGGACUGUGCCUCCAUCAUCAGUGUCAACAGUUUGAGCCAAAGAUGAUCAAAGAUGAAAGUAUCUACCCUAGUUUGUACAGCCUUACAAUUAUUUUUCUAAUCAUAAUUUAUUUGUUUGUUUUUUAAACAAUAUGAAAAACUGAUUAAGUAUUUUUGAUUUGAUCUGUUGUAAUAGUUUUGUUUCAAUAUCACAUCUGGAUGCCAGUGUCUAGGUGAAUGUGUUUGAUUGAUUGGUUGAUUUUGCAAAACCUGCUCAAGGUAGCUGUAGAUAAUUGAAGUGAUUGGUUUUAGGCUGACCCUAGCAUUGGUCCCCACUUGAUCCUUGAUACAUUAUAGCUACAAAGUGUGUGGUGUGUGUAGGCUUAUCACAAGAGAUAGUGUGUUUUCCGGUGACAUCUGUAGGAAACCCACAAUACCCCCUGACCUGUGGUAGUGGUGUGGUGGGCGGAGGUAGCCUGCCCCUGUCUCUCUCUCCCCAUCUCGCUCUCUUUCUUUGUCUCCCUCUACAUUUUCUCUCUUGCUAACACUUAAUUUCAACGAGAGAGGGAUGCAUGUGUUUGUGUAUGUUUGUGUGUAUGUGUGUGUGUGUGCGGGCGUGCAUGUAUGUGUCUGCAUGUGAGAUUGUGACAGUGUAUAGGAUGCGGUUUGAGGGGACGAGGACCAAUGUGAAGCAGAGGGCGACUGACAGAAGCAGGAAGCACCAGUCACAGGUGCACAGGAAGUGGAGUAGCCCUCAGGAGAAAGGGAGAAGAGGCUUAAUGUGACCCAUUUCCAGAAGCUAGGCAUAUGUUGAACGUCACUACUUCACAGGAGAGGCAUUUUAAGGAAAAAUUUUUUUUUUUAAAUCAAAAUACUUUUUUGGGCAGAAAUGCAUUUUGGAGCAUAUGAACUUUCAUGUGCCUUAAUAACAA